AUGGUCGCGAAGGCGGAGGACGUGGCGGCGCGUCUGGCGUCGGCGACGCAGGGGGCGGAGCGACUUGAAGCGCUGCGGGCGGUCCGGAACUUGGCGGUCGGGAACCGCACGAAGAAGAGAGCCCUCGCGAAUCUGGGCGCCGCAGAAGCCCUGGUCGGCAUCAUCAACGCCGGGCAAGCGCCCGGGCAGUCCCCUAGCGAUCUGGUCAGGGCCGAGGUCGCACUCGCGGCGUCGGCUCUUGGAUCCCUCGCGUUCGACAGCGAAGAAGGCCUCAACGCCGUGGCGGCGUCUGCGGCGACCCCGGCCCUCCUCUCCCUCCUCCACUCCCCGGACCCCACGCUCUUCCUCGCGGCCACCCGCGCGCUCAAGAUGGUUCUCCGCCAGCCCGCCGCGCGCCACCUCGCGGCCGACCACCUCGACGCGCAGCACGUCGCGCGCAUCGUCGACGUCCUCCGCGCGGCCGCGCGGCGCUCCGCGUCCGCCGCGGGCCCGUCCAGCGGAGCCGAGGGCUGCGCGUACCCCGACGGCACCGAGGCGCGCCGCGCCGUGGCCGCGGAGGACGCUUGCGUGAUCCUGGCGGCUGUUUGCGCCGCAGGCCCGCACGUGCGGAAGUACGCGAUCGCGGCGGGCGCGCUGGAGGCCACAGUGGGCGCGAUGGAUGGCUCGCGCGGGCGCGCGCUCGAGGCGGCGCUGGACGCGCUGGGCGCGAUGACGCGGGGCGACAGCCAGGCUGCGCGCACGCUGUUGUCGUCGCCGCGGGCGCUGAAGGAGCUGGAGCGGCUGGCGCGCGCGGGGGAGCGCGACGUGCAGCUGCCGGCGUGCCGCAUCCUCGCGAACAUCGCGCCGGUGGCGCAGCACAGCCCGGAGACGGAGGCGGUGUGUUUGGCGGCCCGCGUUGCGCUGUCGCGCCUGCUCGUGCGCUCGACGGCUGCGGUCUCGGCGGGCGACGCGGCGUGCAUGUCCUGCGGCGGGCUGCGGGCGGGCGCGCACGGGGCCGCGGAGGCCGGCGUGGCGGACCCGGGGGGCGCGAAGCGCCUCGAGACUGUGCUGCAUGCACUGGCGGAGCUGGCGGCGUCGUGCUCGGGAUCCGAGGGCGCCACGAUGGACACGUGCACGGUCGCAAGACUCACAGCGCUGAUCAAGUCGCCCGGGAACGCAUCGCCGACCGCCAGAGACGGGAUUCUCGAGGGCGCGCUGCGGGCGCUGGGGGCGUCGAUGGUCGCGCACGAGGAGCCGCGGCUGAUGGCACUUGACGCCCGCGUGCUCCCGCCGCUGCUCGCCGCGCUCGAGUCGAGCUCCCCGGGCGUACGCGCCGCGGCGUGCGCGUGUCUGCGGGCGCUCACGCGGUCGGUGCGGGUCAUCCUCGCCGCCGUGAAGGAGCCCGCCAUGGUGCGGCCGCUGCUGGCGAUUCUGUCCGCGCACCCGAAGGAGGGCGAGGCGUGCGUCGAGGCCGCGGCCGCGCUGUCGAACCUCGUCCUGCAGCACGAUCGCAUGAAGGAGGAGGCGGUGCGGCAGGGCGGGAUCCCGAUGCUGGUCAACCUCGCCAAGUGCAGCGACACCCCCCUGCGGAUCAUGGCCCUGGGGGUGUUGAAGAACCUCCUGUACGACGCAGAGAACAGCGUCAUCGUGCAGGUGGCGCGGACGGUCGGGGGCGCCACCAUCGAGGCCCUGCUCGGCGACGACAGCGUGGGCGUGCGGUGCGAGGCGGCCGCAGUGGUGCGCAACAUGCUGGUGGGCAAAGAGGAGGACAUCAAGGCCGUCCUGGACGCGUUCGGGCCGGAGCACGGCAUCCUCGCGAAGAUCCAGAGAAUGGUGUCCGAGCCAGCCACGGCGGGGUCGGAGCAGGUCGUGGAGCGUGCGGCGGGCGUUGUGGCCAACCUGUGCGCGGCAAGCAAGCUGCACUGCAGCUGGGUGAUCAGAGAGUCGAAGAUCCCCGAGCACCUGUUGGACCUGAUCAAGACCCCCCUGACCCCCGCGCCCACCGUCAAGACGUGCCUCUGGGCCCUUUACAACAUGCUGUACGUGCUACCAGGGUCGCCACAAAGCGACGUUGACGCGGCGAAGGAGCGCGUAGACCACCUGUGCUCUCUCGGGCUGGAGGAGGUCGCGCGGCCGCUCGUGACCGCUGCCACGCGACCGCAAGAGGUUCACGAGCGCGCCCGGUGCGUGCUGGAGGUGAUUGCGCAGCUCCGUGCAGGCAACCGCGCCCCCCAGGAGGCGGACAUAGCGUAG